AUGGCAAGCAUAGUGCCAUCUCCGGACUCAUCUCCCUCUACCGUGCCACCACCUUCGACCACUAUAUCUCCUUCAACCAAUACUCCACCACCCCCCACCACUUCGUCACCACCACAACCAUCCUCCAACACUAGUCCACCCCCACAAACUGCUUCUCCUCCAGUCCCCUCUACAACUUCCCCACCUUCUCAAACCCGUGCUGAUCCACAGGACCCUAACCCUUCAACUUCACCCCCUUCGCCCACAGCAUCACCCCCACGGGCUCCACCACCCCCAACUUAUGGAACUUCACCCCCAUUGGCACCUACAUCACCUCCUCCUCAAUCUAAUCCACCUAUGCACCACCCACUUCUUGCUGAAAUCAAACAAGAACGAAUUUAA